CCUCCCCAACUCUCCGAUAUCACUUUCGACGCGAUCUUAAUCGGCCAAGUGAAUUUCAGAGAGGACGUGGUCUCAGAGCUACACUGCAUGGACCUAUGCGUGCGUCGAUCUUCGUGUGUUGCAUAUAACAUGGAAACCGCGGGCUCACACGUACGGUGUACGAUUUUGUCAGAUAUUCAGAAGUCAGAAAAAAAGCUGGGAUCACUUUACAGAAAUUUUGAUCGGGAGAAAAUUGAGAAGGUCUGUGUGUAUUAUUUCAUUGUAAAGCAAUGUUAUAUUUCUAAGAAUAUUUCUCAAGGCAAGGGCAAGUACAAAGAUGAUCACUCCUUAAUCAAUGAACCCUCUGACACCCCCCUCCCCUCCCCCCUCCACACCCUCCCGAGCUUAUUACCCUACGUUUAACUACUGUGGGUACGGGAAGACGUGGGAGGAAGGCCCGUGCUCUUGAUAGAGCGGGGAGAAGACUGGACUGGUCAAAGCGUUCACGGCAGUACGGUUUGCAUUCGACAAGCUUGAAAAAUUUAGACUAAUUUUUUUUCAAGCCACACUUACCGCCAAAUUGAUUUUGCCGUGUCUGAAUUUAUCUUGUCUAUUUCCCCUGUCGCAUUGAUUUUGCCGCGACGGAUGUUAACCACCGUAAAUUUUAGGGUUCACUAGGAGGUAGGAUUCCCUAAGGGAAGGAAGUGCGGCUUUACAGGUUUUAUAUUCUCUAAGACCCACAAGCCCGAUUGUUUCGUAACGAAACAAGUUCUGUUUCUUCUCCACGAACAUUACAGUCAGUUUUCUUUAAUUUAAUAUGAAAAAUUGCGUUUAUUUUACAGUUCCUCUUCCAACGUGACAACUGUGAUAAUGAGCCAGAUCAUCAAAUUGAUUAA